GCUGUUUUUGUUGAUUUACCUAAGAAUGGAUGUGUCGCUGGACAAAAAACUGCAGGGAUUUCAACUGGUGGCUCAAGAAAAGCUCCAAGCGAUACUAUGCUCCAUACCUGGAAAGAAGGAGUUGAUUUUGGAGCCAGCGUUGAUAAAACCGCUGGAACAUGUUUGCACCGCCUCCUGGCUAAAGUUGAAAGGCAUCCAGAGGAUCUACAAGCUUGAUGCGGAGCAAUCCUUACCGCGAGCUGCGGACCAGGUCCACAUUUUUAUGAUCCGCAGUGUUUUGGGCACUUUUCAAACAUUACUCAGGCAACUACAACCCGUGGCCAUGAAGGAGAUGCCGGACAUCUCUUUGAAAAUGUACCACAUUGUCUGCGUACCGAGUUGCUAUUCAUACUUCCAGACGCUGCUGGAACAAGCCGGUCUUUGGGGAUUGGUGCAACUGCAUCACUUCAACUGGGAUUUCAUUUACUUUGACCAGGGAGUGCUUAGCUUGGAGCUGCCCAAUCUCUAUGAGUGCAUCUAUCUCCAGGGCAACAGUUCCCCUCUGCCUUCAGUAGCACAAAGUCUAAGAUUGCUUCAGAUGAUUACCGGAAAACCUUCAGUGAUACUUAGCUUUGGAAAUCAUUCAUCUCAGCUGCUGCAAAUGCUACAAGCUCUGGGCAAGGUGCCUGAGCCCACGAAUCCACCCGAUUAUGGCGGCUGGCUGAUCAUUGAUCGGGAUAAGGACUAUCCCGCUAGCUUACUCACCCCGGCCAUUUAUGCCGGCCUUCUCCUGGAGGUCUUCCAGCAGCGUUCCGGCGAGAUUCUGGUGGAUAACUCAAAGAACAAGAUCAGCAGUCAGAGGGUAGAGUUACUCCAAGGUAAGAGUUCCAGAGGAUUGGCCCAGGCCAGCAGUAAGCCCUGCUCGAUUCGCCUGAACUCCGCCUCCGAUGAGAUCUACGGAGAUAAUCGGUACAAGCACUUUGCCCAGGCGAGCAGCUUGAUUCGAGCUCAGGUUAAGGCCUUGGGAUUGGAACUGCAAAAGCUCAGUGACAUGCAGCUGGACGAGAUGCACGACUAUGUGGCGAGGAAACUGCCCAAGCUCACCGAACUAAAGGCCAAGGUGCUGCGGCAUUUGAAUGCCAGCGAGAUUGUCAUCAAAAUGAUGGGGAACUUCAGGAAAUUGCAGACCUUGGAGGAGGACAUCCUGAAUAACGUGUCCAGGAAGCGAUUGCUUGGCGAAAUCGAUGAACUACUCACCACCGAUGGCCAACGUUUUAAUACACUUCGAUUACUGUGCCUGCUUCAUCAUUGUGCCGGCGUGGCGCCCGAGGAGCUGCAGAGCUUUGCGAGGAAUUAUUGCAACCUAUUUGGCCACCAGGAGCUAAGUGUGUUCCAGCAGUUGACACAGGCGGGAUUGUUACCACCACUUCUGGCGGAGAAAAAGGCACCGACUACGACAAAGCUGCUCUCCAAUCUUCCGUUGCCGAAAUUCCAACAAACCGAAUUCCAAGCAAAUGCCAAUCGUCUAAAGCUUCUUACCUCCUUCGGCGAUGGGCAGGAUGGCAACGCGGUAUCCUCGUCUAAAAACCAAGCAGGGGGCCUGCAAUCCUGCCCCAGUUUUGUGUUCAAUGGCACCUAUAUUCCAUUAGUAGCGCAGCUCUGUUCGAUUUUACUAAAGACCAACAGUGCCGAGGAGCUGGCCUCCAAGCUGGCCAUGAUUGAGGGCUUGCAUCUGCAUUUGGAGAGUGGUAAGACCACGCCCAAGGCUUAUGCUAACCAAAUGAAGACAAAUGGCGGUGGAGAUCAGGAUAUUUUCCCAUUGCGUCUAAGGAAUCUCUUUGUUUUUGUGGUUGGCGGAGCCAGUUAUGCGGAGAUAGCCGCCUGCGAUUUUGUGGCAAAGCUGACGGGAGCCCAGAUUACGGUGGCAUCAGACUCUCUAAUGGCAGGCAGUGAUCUCAUCUCUGCCGCUUUCAAUCAUUAACCAUGACAAGAAUCUGUGUAAAUUACGCUUUAUAUAUUUUUAUUUUUAUAUA